GAGAGAGAGAGAGAGAGGCAGUUAGCUUUUCCUUGGUUGCUCAAACAGCCAAGAACAGAGCUCCAAUCAGAGAGCCUUUCCAUCGUCACACACAUACACACACUCCUACACACUUAGAGGGAAGGAGCACAUUGCAAAAUAGAGCCCAGGACUGCCGGUGUGAUGGUGUGUUAUAGCAGAGAUGGGCAUUCCUCAGAGGGACGGAGUCAGCAGCAGCGGAGCAGGAUGAUUGUGUGGCAGGCAGCGCGGAGGGAGCAGCGGGAGAGGCUGUGAGAGGCUCGGGAGAUGGGAGAGGAGAGACAGCGAGAGUCAGCUUCAAGUAACCUGACCCCUGGGAACUAAUAACACUGAAACGUGUUUUACAAUUUAAUCACAACAGCCCCACCCCCACGCGAAUUGUUCGAAAAGAAGACCAAAAAAAAGUGGAGUAACAUGGCAAGAGCUGCGAAGGCGCUGGCUGGCCAUUCUGCGGGCUAGGGAGUGGAGCGAUGGCCAGAACAGGACUGCCAAGCUGUGCCCACCCUGGCUGGUCUCUACAAUGAGCCGUCAUCGCCAGCCACUCGGCCCACCACGCUCUGCAUCGCGGACAGCCAGCAGCACCUUGCCAAGCACACAACCCUGGCAUACAGAGGCACGGCCUUCACCUCUCAACUUGUCACCUCCUCGCCCUGGAACUCAGCUUAUUCCCUUUUUAUAACUUCACAGUAUCCACGAGGACACGCUAGUGUUAGCAAACUCGUGGAGCAGUAUCCCACAGACAAUAACUCAAAGCCAUGCUAGCCAGACCAACUGGACUGCUAGCUCAGAAUCCUCUGACUCAUACAAACUGGAGCUUACAAAAACAACAUCUGCUAUUAAAUCAAUUUAUCAGGAGUGCUGUCUUUAACCAUCAGUGAAAACAAAAUGAAACUUCAGCCAUGUGAUCCCAAUGGGUCAACUGAACUAACUGAACUCUAAUAAUAGUAAAAAGACAAUAUACUGUACAUUUACUGGAUCCAUGCUCAGCAGUAUUCACUGGCAUUUUCUUCACCGUUCUGGGAUGCCAAAUUCCAUCAAAUACAAUCAUAACAGAUUAUUUAGCAUUAACGGCAACCCAAAAAGGAUUAUACUCUGUAAAUAAACACAAAACAGCUAAGUUUGUUUCUGUGUGGAGGACAUUGUCUUACAAACAGAGUGUUACUGAGAAGAUAUGGUCAGCAAAGAACCUAACCAUAUACUGGCUCCAAGUAUCAGCUUAAACCAGGAAAAAAACAUGACUGUGAGAUCAGUGCUGCUCAACAGGGACUCCCCGGACAUCGAGACGCGCCUCAAGCGCAGGCGCAAUCGCACACAGCAGGUGCGCUUCAAGGACCAGGUGGACGGGGCCGAGGAAAGCCCCAGGCCUGAACCCGGCAAGAACAUCGGCUUCAACAACACCGGGCCGGCUGUCAUUGUGGAACCGGACCAGGGCCCAAGCAGCAAACCUGAGCCAGGCCCUAAGAGUCUUGCAGAGAACAGCAGGAAGCAGCAGGUUGUGUCUGCCAAUGGGGGUGCAGUGGGAACUGUGGCAUCAGUGCUGGCCAAAGGGGGACCUAGGAAGCCCUGGAGCCAACCCAGGCCAUCCUCCCUGACCCUGCCCAACCCCAGGAAGUGCUGCAUGAGCACUGCCAUCCAGACAUCCCCAAGCCUGCAGAAACAGUUCCCCACAUUCAGGUUUCGCAGCAAAAGCUUGGGGGACUUUGGGGAAACAGAAGACCCCAAAGCGGAGCCGGAGGAAGGGACCCUGUUUGCAAACAAUGAGGUGCAGCACAUGCCGGGCAAGCAAUGCUGUCAGGGGGAGGGAGCUAUGAGGUACUGGGAGACAGCAGUGGAGGAGCCUCUGAAAGCUGCCCAAGUCAAUUGCACUGGAUCCUGGAACUGCCUACCCAGGAACCAGGAUGUUCUGCCCCAAAAAUGGAAUUCUGGAAGCCAGAGAAAUACAACCCUGCAAGGCCAGGAAGGGCUUGGGUGUUCAGAGUCAUGGGGCAGGCCUGCUCCCGUCCCCCAGGCCUGUGACGGUUCUGCCUCCUCUCAGUGCGAUAACGUUGCCCAGAAUGUGCUGCGGAGUCAGCAGUGCCUCUGUGACAGGAAGCAGACUCCACAGAGUCCCGACUUAGCUUGGUUUUGUCACAGUAGAAGCUGCUGCACAGACUUUUGUUCUGCACCACAAAAUGUGAUUGUGCCACAAUCAGAGCACCAUAAUGAAGCCAUUGCUGCAGUGAGUAAGACACAGAUCCCAACCCAACACUACCAAAGAUAUCUGGUGGACAAAGAAGGACAGAGAGACCUUGGAAAAUCUCUUCCUUGCAAUUCAGCACCACCUCCUAAAACAUCUCAGGAUCAAAGGUGCAAGGAAUGGAGGAAUACCUGCACUCCAGUUCCUACCCUGCCAGUUUUCAAACCCUCCAGGCAAACCUGGGGCUGUUCUGGGGGGCAGAGUAAAGGGUCUAAAUGUGAUCUGAAUUGCAGUAAUUGUCAUCUCACUAACAAGGUCCCAAUCCACCACACGUUGCCCCGAAGUCAAGUUUCUGAACCCCAGAAUGUAGUUCGACACAGCGGAGAAGGCUUAGCGGACUUGCCUAAGGUGGUCGAACACAGAUCAGUAAAAACAGAGCAGUUGAAUCCAACAUCUGAGUCAAUGAAGGCUCCAGAUGCAAACAGGUCUGAAUCAGAGCAAUGCGGAGAGAAAGUGUCCAAGACAGCUCUGUUGAACUCCGACGAGGGCCCCAGUCCUGGCCAGAACCAACGUUCAGAAGCCACGGCCAGGACCGUUUUUUACACUGAGACUCCAGCUAAUUCUCAUGGAAAACCCAAGCCACCAGAACCAGCCAGCGAAGAAAGCCAGCCGCAAACCCUUCAGGGCAAAGCAGAGCUUUCAGAUCGAACUAUACGGACUGCGGACCAGCCAGGGGGGAUUCCCCUGAUGGCCAGCCAGUCAGAAACCCUCAAGCAGGUCCAUGAGCUGCUGGAGCUGGUGGCCGAAGCCAAGGGGCAAAUUGAUUUGGCCAAAAUGAGGGGGGGCUUGCUGACACAGGGAGGUCAGAAAGAGGGCAGGCCUCCCGCAGGCAACCUGGAGCCGGGCUCGGUUCAGCCAAUGCAGCACGAAAUCAGCAACCUGCAAUCCCGGCUGCAAAGCAUGGAGGACGUCCUGGAGACCAGCCAGCAAACCAUCAAGGUACUCCUGGAUGUGAUUCAGGACUUGGAGAAGAAAGAAGCAAUAAGGGAUGGGAGGCACUCAUACAGGACUGGGCAGGACACUGAAAACUGUGGCACCUGCAGGGACUGUGCCUGCAUCAUAUACAGUGUGGAGCACGACUUCAGGAUGCAGGAGGGUCAGUUCCAGAGGACAUGGAGGGUCGUUGAUCUGGAGUCCAGCCAGAGCUCUCCUCUGACGGGCUCGACUGUCAGUCGCCAAGAAGACUCACCAGUGCCCAAACACACGCCCACCACCAAGACGGAGUCCAAAAAGUCCAAACGCAAAUGUUUCUGGUUUUUGUGAACCAAGACAAUGAACCAUGGGAUUAAAAAAAUAAAUAAAUAAAGACCCCCUUUUGAGGGUACAGGGUAAAAUAAAGACAAAAACAAACUUAAUAAACGUUCCUGCUGGAAUGGGGUGGGAUUGCUAUCUGGGACUUUUCAUCAGCACAGGGAAGCAAGGGUUUGGUGAACACCAGCUUUUCUAUUUUUAAAAUUAAUUAUUAAUACAGCUGUGAAAAUAAAUGAUUAAGAACUAUUGUAAAUAAUAGAGAAUUCUAGCAAUUUGUGAAUGCUAUAUUUCAAACCAUGGAAUAAACUGAUCUAUAAAGUAUUUUA